AUGGCAUCAUCGAUACCGUCUUCAAGCUUUGGCACUCCUCCUUCUAUACUGAGUAUUCAGGAGCUGGCCAAACAGCCCAUGGCUACAGUGCCACAAAUCUUUCUCUUGGAGGAUCAGGAGAGUCCCGUUCUCCGAGAGAAUGCUGCCCUGCCCGAUAUCCCCACCAUCGACAUGAAACGUUUGAUUAUGAGUGAAACCACAGAUUUUGAACUAGACAAGUUGCACUCAGCUUGCAAAGAAUGGGGCUUCUUUCAGUUGGUGAACCAUGGAGUCAGUUCCUCCCUUGUGGAGAACCUGAAACAUGAGAUUGUAGAAUUUUACAAGCUUCCCUUGGAAGAGAAGAUGAAAUAUAAGACGCCAGGUGAUGCUGAAGGAUAUGGGCCGUCUAUAAUCCGAUCAGAAGAUCAAAAACUUGACUGGGGUGAUAGGUUUUACAUGUUAACCAACCCUAUUCAUAGGAGGAAGCCACAUCUAUUGCCACAGCUCCCUCCAUCACUAAGGGAUAACUUGGAAUUGUACAUAUCAGAGUCGCAGAAACUCGCCAUGAGACUUCUAGGGUUGAUGGCUAAAGCUAUAAAGCUGGACAAGAGAGAAAUGGAAGAGUUGUUUGAUGAUGGAAAGCAGGCAGUGAGGAUGACUUACUAUCCUCCAUGUCCACAAUCAGAGAUGGUUAUGGGCAUUGCGCCUCACUCCGAUGCUACAGGCAUCACCAUUCUUCUUCAAGUUAAUGAAGUAGAUGGCCUCCAAAUAAAGAAAGAUGGGGUUUGGAUUCCUGUAAACGUCUUCCCAGAUGCACUUGUAGUUAAUGUGGGAGACAUUCUAGAGAUUGUGAGCAAUGGGAUGUAUACUAGCAUUGAGCAUAGGGCAACUGUAAAUAGUACAAAAGAGAGGAUCUCUAUUGCCAUGUUUUUCAGCCCCAAAUUUUCAGCUGAGAUUGGACCCGCUGCUGGUUUGAUAACUCCUCAAAACCCCCCAGUGUUCAAACGAAUUGGCAUGGAAAAAUACUACGAAGAUUUCUUCUCUCGCAAGCUGGAUGGAAAAUCUUACCUGGAGCAUAUGAAGAUCAAAAAAUGAGACAAACAAUGAAGAAUAAUUCUAUUUAGACUAUGAUUCCAUUUCCAUAAGAAUUUUAAAAUUCCUUUCCAGUUUUAGAUUUCUCAACAACAACCCCUUACCUCAUAGAUCUAUUACAAAUUCAUGAAUCAUCCCAGGGAUUUUUAUAUUUGUAUAUUUGAUUGUAUAGUGUAUACCCACUAUGCACACAACACAAAAUGGACGGUUAUUCCAUUUUCAUAAAAUGAUUAUUCGAUUCUUUUUCCUCUUUGGAUCACAAUUCAAUCAAAACUUCUCGAGUUAUCCUAAUCUCUAGGAAAAAUUCCUUGAUUCUUCAACUUCGAUGAAAUUGGAAUAGUUAUCUUCAUUAGUAUACUACUACAUUUGGAUGAAUCAGAUUCAAAUAUUUCUUAUUGAUUCCUGUCAAAA